AGUCUUCCACUCUGCCCCCAUUCCAUCCGCCCAUCCAACGUCUAGAUGGUGGGAUGGUCCUUGAGACCUCUGAAGCCACGGCCACUGGCCCCUCCCCAUUGACCACUGCUGCCCCUCCCACUGGCUUCCUACUCACCACCCCUCCAGCUUCAACGGCGGCUGCUCCACCCCGGUUACCCCCUCCACCGGAUGAGGUCGGGUCUGCCAACCACCCUAUCUCAACCACCACUACCGCCUUCAUCCCCGAAGGUGAUGAAGAGACGACGACUACCCUGAUUACUACGACGACAAUCACAACCGUUCACACACCUGUGCUUUGCAACAAUAACAUCACCGACAUAGAAGGCUACGUUGAAUCUCCCGAUUAUGCUGGCACUACCUUUUACGGAGGCCUGGACUGUACUUACACGAUUUCAGUGUAUAUGGGCUAUGGGAUAGAAGUACAGGUGCAGACUCUGAACUUGUCCAAGGAGGAUUCACUGACAGUGGAAGGUCUGGGAGGGGAGAAGCCUGUUGUCUUGGCCAAUGAGUCAUUGAUGGUUGAGGGGCAAGUGAUCCGUAGCCCAACCAAUCAGGUCCUGAUUCAUUUCCAGAGCUACCACCGCGCCCCCCUUGGUGUCUUCAGAUUCCACUACCAGGCUUUCCUGCUCAGCUGUGGCUUCCCGAGUAGGCCAGAAAAUGGGGAUGUCAUGGUAACUGAUCUCCAUCCGGGGGGCUCUGCCACUUUCAAAUGUGAGUCAGGCUUCCAGUUGAGGGGUGAAGAGAUACUCAUUUGCCUCAACGUCAGCCGCCCUCGGUGGAGUGGCACCAGUCCUGCGUGUGUGG